AGUUAACUGACUUUUUUUUCGGUUUUGAAAAAGUACAUUUCUUUUCAAUUUAGUUCAAACUUAAAGGCACUUGUUUGAUUAGAAAUGAAGCCUUUUGGCUUAAAGAGUGUCAAGGUUUGUGGGUCAAGGAGCUCUGCACCCCUAGAAGGUCAGCCAUGUUCAUUAGGCCAGAGGAGAAGGAAAAUCAAGUUUAUGGAUGAACGGUCAUAUACUCUUUCAAUUGGCAAUGGAGACUACUUUUGGACAAAUCAAGAUGUGUUGUGGAAUUAUGUGCAGACGCUAUAUGAUCAGGGAGCAGAGAAACAUGAAGGCACAGGUCAGCCCUCUGGGAUCACUGAUCAAGAGAAGGAGUUAUCCACCAGUGCUUUCCAAGCUUUCACAUCUGGAAAUUAUGAUGCCUGUCUGCAACACCUUGCCUGUCUACAAGAUAUAAACAAAGAUGAUUAUAAAAUCAUUUUGAAUACAGCAGUCGCUGAGUUUUUUAAAAGUAACCAAACAACAACAGAUAAUUUGAGACAAACACUUAACCAGCUGAAGAAUCAGGUACACUCAGCUGUUGAAGAAAUGGAUGGAUUAGAUGAUGUGGAAAACAGCAUGUUGUACUAUAACCAAGCAGUCAUUCUUUAUCAUCUGCGACAGUAUACAGAAGCAAUAUCAGUUGGUGAAAAACUUUAUCAGUUCAUAGAACCCUUUGAAGAAAAAUUUGCCCAAGCAGUAUGUUUUUUGCUUGUAGACCUGUAUAUAUUAACCUACCAAGCUGAGAAAGCUUUGCAUCUUCUUGCUGUCCUGGAAAAAAUGAUUUCACAGGGUAACAAUAACAAAAAUGGAAAGAAUGAGACUGGUAAUAACACCAACAAAGAUGGAUCUAACCAUAAAGCUGAAAGCGGAGCACUAAUAGAAGCUGCAAAAUCAAAGAUACAUCAGUACAAAGUACGAGCUUAUAUUCAAAUGAAGUCCCUGAAGGCAUGCAAAAGGGAAAUCAAGUCAGUCAUGAACACAGCCGGAAAUUCUGCACCCUCUCUGUUUCUUAAAAGCAAUUUUGAGUACUUAAGGGGCAAUUAUCGAAAAGCUGUGAAACUAUUAAAUAGUUCAAACAUUGCUGAGCAUCCAGGAUUCAUGAAAACAGGUGAAUGCUUGAGAUGCAUGUUCUGGAAUAAUCUUGGUUGUAUCCAUUUUGCCAUGAGCAAGCACAAUUUGGGAAUUUUCUACUUUAAAAAGGCUCUCCAGGAGAACGACAAUGUCUGUGCUCAGCUCAGUGCAGGUAGCACUGAUCCAGGCAAAAAAUUUUCAGGAAGACCCAUGUGUACUUUACUAACCAAUAAGAGGUACGAGUUGCUGUAUAACUGUGGAAUUCAGCUUCUUCACAUCGGAAGGCCUCUUGCGGCUUUUGAGUGUCUGAUUGAAGCUGUUCAGGUUUAUCAUGCAAAUCCUCGCCUUUGGCUACGACUGGCUGAAUGCUGCAUUGCUGCCAAUAAAGGGACCUCUGAACAAGAAACUAAGGGUCUUCCAAGCAAAAAAGGAAUUGUACAGUCUAUUGUUGGUCAAGGCUAUCAUCGUAAAAUAGUUCUGGCAUCACAGUCUAUACAGAAUACUGUUUAUAAUGAUGGGCAGUCGUCAGCCAUUCCUGUAGCCAGUAUGGAGUUUGCAGCCAUUUGUCUCAGAAAUGCCUUGUUGCUGCUACCCGAAGAACAGCAGGAUCCAAAGCAGGAAAAUGGUUCGAAAAAUAGUAACCAACUAGGUGGGAACGCCGAAAGCAGCGAAAGCAGUGAGACGUGCAGCAGUAAAAGCCACGAUGGAGACAAAUUCAUUCCAGCUCCACCUUCUUCGCCAUUAAGAAAACAGGAAUUAGAAAACUUGAAGUGCUCCAUACUUGCUUGCAGUGCUUAUGUGGCUCUGGCUUUGGGUGAUAACCUUAUGGCUUUGAAUCAUGCAGAUAAACUUCUCCAGCAGCCCAAGCUGUCAGGAUCUCUUAAGUAA